AUGUUUCGAGUUCUUGGAUCCAUCUGGGUAUCGUUAUUAUUCCUGGGCGUAGGCCGGGCCGACGUUUUCGAUGAGUGUAAUGAUGGAAACAACUUGGCGUUUGUUACCUCACCAAAGAGUUGCGCACAUUAUAUUUUCUGCAACGGCGAUGAGUCAUACGAUGGCGAAUGCGAGGAGGGCGAAUACUUCAGUUCCGAUAUGGAAAUGUGUGAGCCCAUGGGCGAUAUUGAUUGUCGUACGGGAUUGGCGGUGCAAACGGAAAGUAAUGCCGAUAGCUCAACGGAGAUAAGCUCGGAAGCAUCUGGAGUGGAGGAACCUACUACGAAUUCAGCAGAUGUAAAUACCACAUCGAAUCCAUCGGUGAUUGUUACACUACGCCCAUCAGUCAAUCAAAAUGGGAGUACGAGUACCAAUCCCACGACCAUAACUCCCGGCAUAGAGGUUAUUGUGACCAACAUGUGCCCCCAACUGGAUAAUCAAAGCCGCAUCGCAUUGCUGCCAAACCAAAACUCCUGCUCAGAUUAUUACAUUUGCUAUCGGGGCCAAGCACUUCCCAUGAGCUGCGCCGCCAGUUUGCAUUUCAAUUCCCGCACAGGCAAAUGUGAUCAUCCGGAAAACGUCAGAUGUUUGACAAUGGCUUACAAUCCAAGAGAGCAGUGCAAACGACAUGUAAUCGAUGUUUAUCCGCAUUCCGACAAUUGCAAUUACUUCUACCAAUGUCGUUCUGGUUACUUGAUGGUGCAGCAGUGCCCGUUCUUCUACGGAUGGGACUACGAAAAGCGAUCGUGCGUUGCUCUCAGUCAGGCCAAAUGCUAUAACAAAAGUCAAAUGCAAAUGAAACUAUAA